AUCUUCCUGCUACUAUUGCUGUUGAGGCAUCGAUUCACGUUCUUCCGGUCAAUUUCGGACUGGCCGGACUCCAAAAGGAAUUUCAGAAGAAGUUAAUUUAUAAUUUGAUUUGAGAUUAGUUAGGAUGGUUAAGCCGACAAGAGAAAAAUGGACAGGAGUUGUUGGUAGAUUUUUCGAAGAUAUGGCGAGGACGAUUCCUAGGAGGACUAGGUAUAAGGGGGUUUGAUUUGCUCUUGGAGUUUAUAAAGUACCUUCACCUACUACCGCAUUUCAAGGACAAUGCUGUUGCAGACUAAACGUCAUGUAGGCCGGAAGGUGAUCGGAGCUAUGUCCUCUGUUAGAAGGAUGCGAGACAAAUUAAUGAAACAUUGUGGAGUAGAGAGUAGGUGGUCGAAUAAUCUCCCUGAAGAAAUCCUGCAUUUGGUUCUACAGCGGCUUUGUAUACAAAAUUAUGUGCGGUGUAGGUCAGUAUGCGUUUCGUGGCGGGGGAUUAUUGAUAUGGCGAUUGCCAGCAAAUGCAUUAGGCCUGCUCCUCAACUGCCAUGGCUUGUGCUCCAUGUUCAUCGCUUUUCCCUCAAAGAUACUUGCUUUCUAAGUCUGAGUGACCAGAAAACCUACAAGCCGAAUCCCACUCAUAUGAAUAGGCUCAACUGUGUUGGGUCAAUCGAGGGGUGGUUGGUUAUGGUUGAUAAUGCUGGUUGGCAUCCCGAGGCUUUUAUGAAUCUCUGGUCAUUCUUCAUACAUCGUCGUUAUAGCGCUUAUACCACUGUCAACUACUUCUUCAAUCCAGUAUCAGGGGUCAAGUUACCAUCACAAUCUGCUAUUCCAUGGAUCAGUGGCAGGAACCAUCGGCCUACCUUCUUUUAUCAGGUAGUAGCCUCUUCAGUACCAACAAGCCCUCAUUGUCUUGUUGCUGGCCUUUGUUCAAAUGGUCAAGGGCCAACUGAUAAAUCAUGGACUCCCAUUACAGGGGAGGAGGUAAGAGGUCUCUAUUUUGAGGCUAUAGAAAUAAUUGAUCGGAAAAUAUAUGCCGUGACAGAGAGAUCAUCUAUGUUUAUUAUGGUGUUUGACAUACAAGAUGCCCAUGGCAGCUAUCCUAGCUAUAACACUGAAAGGUUAGUUAUCCUUCACCCCAGGCCACAUUCUUACCGGAGCUUCAAUCUUUUAGCUGAUGGAGUUAGGCAUGUGACUGACAUCGAAAGCAAUCACCUAGUGAAAGAUUCUGUAUCAAAGGUGUUGUUUCUGAUUCUUUGUUGUGUCAGAUUUGCUUGUGAGGUAGAUCCAAUAGUUCCUUGGCACGAGAUCAUAGAUGAUAAUAAUACCAUUCCACUUAAGAGUGAUGGAUUUCGAGUGUUCAAGCUGGAGUUUAAUAAAGGUGCUCGAUGGGUACAAGUUGAUGACUUUGGUGAUCGGAUUUUGUUUAUGGACAGGGCGGGCUGCAAAUUCAUCCCUGCCUCAUUCAACAAUAAGGCAGUCCUAACUAGAAAUUGCAUCUGUUUUGCUUUUGACAGUCCUUGUUGUUUUGCAACAGUGUCGUCAAGCAGACGUGAUUUUGGAGUCUUUUCGUUGACAAACAAGACAAUUGAUCAGUACGCUUUCCCUGAAGAUCAUUCCUGUACCCGGUUAAAUGCUCAACCUGUCUGGUUCACUCCAGACUUCUGUUAG